AUUGCUAUUGCUUGUGGAAUAAUAACACUUGUUAGAAUUGUGCUGGUCAGUCUAAGUCCGAGCAUCGAAACAUACACAACUAAGACUAUUCAAAAAACUCUGCUCUUAUCUCCUGCUUCUGCUCAUCACUGGCUUUACUCAGUCAAAUUAUUGGCUGAUAAAAGACUGUUAAUACAGUUUUGAGUACCAGAUAAGACUUACUGUUAACAGGUUUUGGAUAUUCGACAACUUUGCUGACUAGCUGUUCUGUUACCAGACAAUACAGAUAUUUGCUGACAGGAUCUGGUGUCCGGGGCUGGAUCUGAUAAUUCUGGUGUGGAGGUAUGAUCUAACACAAUUACUUGAGGACGUGAAGAUGAAGAGAACGCAAGAAGUCAGAGAAAAUAAGAUAAUUGAAGAAGAAGAGAAAAGGUGGGACGAAGCAGAUGAAGCGGAUAAUGAGUUACCGGAGGAGUACUAUCAUGGGCAUGACGAUUUACCCUGGAACCUGAACUCACUGGAGCAGUUACUGUAUAUCAGCCUGCCAGCAUGGAUACAAAGAGCUUUGCUUUGUAACUUAGCUGAGCGGUUUGGCAUCUGGACCUUCCACAACAACAUCCUGCUAUAUCGUCUCAUAUCCUACACCCUACUGCCGUACACUCUGCCUGCUUCAGCCGUCAUCUCAUUCAUCUAUAGAUUUUUGUGCUGGGUGAAGAAAAUUCCCCACCAGGUCCUGAAUGCGGGCAGGGAAUUGAAACAGGAAGUGAUCGCACAUCUGCGGUUAGUCUUUGCACACUUGAGAGGACUUUUGCCGAACAGAUUCCUGCUUUUGCAAAUUCCAACUUUGCACCCCACGCUUGCUCUCGCACCCUGGUCCUGUUUCCCAUCUCUUCCCUUCACUUUAAUUCCUUGGUCCUCUUUUCCUUUACUUCCUCUUGCUUUGCAUAUUCUGCCACGGUGUCUCUCCACUUCAACCUCAAAGAACCAGCCGGAGCACACGAGCCAGACACAGCCUCUCAGGUUUAGACGACGAUCUCUCCUCUGCUUCCAGUUCACCGGAUCUGGUGGUCUCUGUAAAAAGACAGCUGACAUCCUUACAGAUGCAGAGCCACUAUCUUCAGCCUUCCUCCUGCAGCUCAACUUAGAGUUAGAAAUGGACAGCCAUCCUGAACCACUACAGCUUCAGAAGGACCAGCUAGAUUAUGAGGGAGGUUUAUUACUAAACACAGAAGUAGAUGAGAAUCUCUAUUCUCCUUUUAUUUCUGACAUGGAUGUACAAGAGGAAGACUGAAUGACUGUGUGUUAUAUUGCAAACAAAAGUCUCUACUGUCUCUACUGCAGAAUAGUAGAAUAUGAAUACGGUAUGUCAAUGUAUACAUAUCAGUGUUAUUAUAAUGAAUUGAAACUGAAAUAAAAUAAAUUUUAGAUAAACUUAAAAAGAAUAAAAAUGAGAAAUGUUGCUUUGGAAAUGAAAGGAAAACAAGUUAAAGUACUAAAAUUACAAAAACAAAAGCUAUAUGGAAAUAAUUUUUUAAAAACAAAAUCCAAUAAAAAUGACAAAAUCACAAUGACAAAAUUACUAAAUGUAAAAAUAUAAUAAACAUGCCACAGUGAUAUUUUGUUUUAUGUAUGCAAGACUAAUCUAAUAAAUGCAUUAUGGACAGACUGAUUUCACUGUACAUAUUGUUUAUUAAAAAAAUAAUUAAACUAAGGACAGAUCAAAUAGAGCAAUGAAAAUAAUAUUGCACAAAUUAGCAUUAAACUAUAUCAGACAAUAGUUGGCUGUAAUAAUACUGUGAUAUUUUUUGUCAUUCAUAACUAAAUUAGCUUUUUAAAAUCUUGAAUAAUUAAAAUGGAUAAUUUGUUUAAUAAUUUUUACAUAUUUUAAUGUAACAAUACAUAUUUUUAAUUACAAUUUUCCAUCAUUUUAACUUAAUUUUAGAAGGAAAUAAAUGAAAUCAGCAUC